GUCUCAGUGAACAUCAGUCUCUCUGAAUCUCACACAGCCAAGUCUACCUUCUACCAAGUGAAGAACGAUGAAAGCUUGCCUGGUCUUAGUACUGCUGCUGCCUCUGCUGUGCACAGCAGGCAGGAGCAUGACCCCGGAGAUCUGCUCUCCUUCCUGUGCUGCAGCUCAACAGUUUACCAUCGAGUGCUAUGGUGAGGACUUCCUCAUGGUGAGGAACCAGGUUCUCCAGUGCUCUAGUAAAGUAGUGCAAGCAUGCUACACCAGGGAAACGGGUGAGAAAGGGUGUGCCAGGCUGGAGUUCUGCGAUCGGCCUGGCUGGUCAUGUUGCUUCAAGAACAGAUGUAAUGCCUAGAAUCAACACCAGGGGGUACCUGACCGUCACAACUGUUGAUCAAUGUAUUUGAAAAAAAAAUGCCUAUGUUAGUAAAUUCAACUUUAUGUCAAGUGUCAUCUCACAAUAAAGUUGAGAAAUGUAUUUAG